AUGACAAUCACAACGCCACAAGUUACAUGUGUUAUGAAAGGAUAUCUAUUAUUAUAUAUUAGUUCUUUAAAAGAGAGAGAUAAUGGUAAAGAAAAAGGAAAUUAUUGUAAUAAUGAAUGUGUUGAUCGUAAACAAAGACAUGAUAGAGUGAUUAAAAGUAAAGAUAAUGAAGAUGGUUUAAUGAGAUACAAGAUUGAUCAAUUACCAAACAAGAUUGGUUGGUAUCUAAGAGGUGGUCAUAUCAAUCUAUUAAAAGAAAGAAUUGAAAGAGAAGAAAAUGAAUUAAAUCAAUUCAUUAAUAAUAAUAAUAAUAAUAAUACUUCAUCCUCUUCAUCUUCAUCUUCAUCUUCAUCAACUUUAAAUUCAUUUACAAUUAAAAAAGAUUAUAUAUUUAGUGAUCUUUAUUUAAAAUGGGAUUAUGAAACAACGGUAGAUAUAUGUUCAUUUGGUGGAGACAUACAAUUAUUUAAAUAUCUGUUUGAAAAGAAACCUGAAUGGUUUGGUCAUUUGGAUUGUAUUAAAAUGGCAGCAAGUAAAGGAAAUUUAAAAAUGUUUAAAAUAUUGGUUGAUAAUACCGUUCCAACCAACAUAAUAUAUGAUAUUCCAGAGUGUAUUCGAAUAGCAAUGGAAGGAAUGCAUUCUGAAUUGUCAUUAUAUUUAUUGGAAAAGAUUAAUUUCAAAAUGGGAGAGUCACCCAUCGUAUCAAUACAACCCAACCAUAUAAUAGAAAAUAGAGAGGAUUUUAUAAAGAUGGUAAGAAUAUUUAUUACUAUUGCCGAAAGGAAUCGUGGUCGUAUCAAACUUGACCUUUUCCCACAUCUUUUACAUCUACAAGAUAUAAAGUUGUUGAGAGAGGCUCAUGGCUACUCUGUCACCAAUCCAUACAAUGAUUUUGAAAACCAAUUAAGCUUUAUCAUGGAUAUGGUAAGAAGUAGAGGUUAUAGCUCAAAAUUUAUAUUGGAUCGUGGUAGUUUGGAACAAGUCAAAUCAGCACACUCUUUAGGAUUAUUCAAAAACAAUAGUAAUAAUAAUAAUAAUGUAUUUGAACCUUGUAAUGGAAAUGUUGAAGAAUCAUUAUCGAUCAUGAAAUAUAUUAAACAACAUAAUAUUGGAGUGAUUGACAACAAGAUAUUUGAAAGUAUUUCAAGAGAAAGAAAUGAUGCUCGUAUGCUUACAGUAGAAGGAUCUCAUCAUACUACAACUCUUCAACUUUCAACCUAUGCAACCAAAAAUGCUAAAAUCGAUUCAAAACUUUUGUCUCUAAUGGUCCAAGUUGGUACAAUUUUCUAUCUUUAUGAAGAUACACCAGAGAGUUUUGAAUUGAUGAAACAAUUUUACAAAGAAUCAAAGAUAAAUCCUCAUAUCUCACAGUAUUACCUAUUUCAAUUACAAACUUCAACCACCACCAAUCAAAUUGAAAUAGUCGAUUAUCUUUUAAACCAACAAUCAAAAUUCCAUCCAACUGCAUUAAACCUAGUAGAAUUAUUAUCAGAAUGUUACAAUAGACAAUUUAAACCUCUUCAUCUUUUAAUUAAACAAUUUAUUAUCAAUCAAAAUCAAAUUAAUAAGAAUAAUUUUAAGUUUCAAUAUAAUGAAUCAGUAUGGAAUCAAGUAGCAUCAAGAGGUGAAAUUAAAAAGAUUGAUAGACUUUUAAAGAAAACGGUUCAUUUGGAUUCAUUUGAUUCUGUCAUUUGA